CUCAUUCAGAAAUUGUGAACUUUAUGAUGCCUUGGUCGUCUACAUGACAUUUGUGUCCACAACAAUGCUUUGUUUGAAGAAAGAAGUGGGAGGUCGUCUUUACUUGUCUGCUUCAAUCACGGUCAGUCACUACAAUGUUCUAAAGUAAAAACAGGUUUCGGAAAAGUGCUUUUCCUCAGUGAUAGUUGAGGUCCACAGACAUAAAAUGAAAUAACCAACUGAAAAGUGUUCAUUAACUUUAAAAUAAGUAAGAAGCUAUACAAGACUACUUUUUGAGGGUAUCACAAGUUAUAACAUGAAACUGUGACAGGACUACUGAAGUGAUACAUUUUUUAAACUCGAAGGCAACAAGCCCAGCUGGAGCUGAGCGGCACGGAUCCAAGCAGUGUGGAGCACCAACAGUGCUGGAACCUCGGUGCUUGCUGAAGGGCUCGCGGGGCAGCCGCCUUCACCGAGCAGCGCAUAAUUUGCGGUCGGCUAAAAGUACUGUGCCUGUCAUGUGUGUUCACCCUAAAGCGAUGCCACAGAACUGUCAUCGCUCCUAUCCCAAAGUCAACUUGGGAGGCGCAAGUGUCCACAAGGUUUCUUCUCUCAUGGUGCAGUGGCUGCAGACACCGGGACAUGUUCACAAAUUGGACGGGACAUGCUUCAAAAAGGGGGUUCGGCGGUAGAUGGCGCCAUUGCUGCUCUGCUCUGCACUUCUGUCCUGAACCCUCAGAGCUUGGGCCUUGGGGGCGGAGCCAUAUUCACAGUGAUGGACAGUACCGGAAAAGUAAAAAUCAUCAAUUCCAGAGAACGUGUCCCUGAGAAGUACAAGGCCGAUACAUUGCAGUCAUGUCCCGAUUCUUCCCUUUUCAUGUCAGUUGUCCCCCAUCCUGGUCACAUGUGGAUUGGAAUCCCAGGAGAAAUCCGUGGCUAUGAAGAAGCGCACAGGCUUUAUGGCAAGUUGCCAUGGGCAACCCUCUUCCAGCCGACCAUUCAGCUGGCCAGACAGGGGUUUCCUGUUCAACAAAUCCUUGGUCAAUACCUGCAUAUUUGUGAUACGAACGAGACCCAGCCGCUGCGUGACCUGUUCUCCGAUAAAAAUGGAAACCUGCUGAAAACAGGAGAUGUUGUAAAAUUCGAGGCACUUGCCAACACAUUGGAGACAAUAGCAAAUCUUGGAGCAGAUGCUUUCUACACUGGAAAAAUAGCGGAAGAUUUAAUCCGAGACGUACAGGAGGCAGGAGGGUUGCUGACAUUGCAGGACUUGGCAUCUUACAGACCAACAGUGAGCGAUCCAUGGACAGUUCCUCUGGGAGAAUAUCAGAUGUAUAUUGCUCCACCCCCUGGAGGUGGAAACAUCCUUAGCUUUGUCCUCAACAUCCUGAAAGGAUAUGACCUGACUCCAGCAUCCUUGAGAGAUGAACAAAAAACAUUAUUUUAUCACCGCUAUAUUGAAGCUCUGAAGUUUGCGAAUGGAUUAAAGAAACAUACCCGUGAUCUUGAGCUCGCAACGAAAUUCACAGAGGACAGCUUCGCCGACUACAUCCGCAGUUUAAUCAAUGACAAAAUGUCACACAGUCCGCAGUAUUACAACAUGACGCCAUAUCCAGACAGCAUAGGCACCACACAUGUGUCGGUGCUGGCCCAGGACGGAUCUGCUGUUUCUGUCACCAGCAGCAUCAACCACAUAUUUGGCUCAGGGGUCUUUUCUCCAAGAACCGGAGUCAUCCUCAACAGUCAUCUGUGUGACUUCUGUGGAAGAGUUGACAAAUUAUUUGCAGGGGAGCAGCCCCCUUCAUCCAUGGCCCCUACUGUACUCAAGUCAAAAUCAAGGUUGCUGGUUAUUGGAGCAACUGGUAGCGCUAUGAUCACCACUGGAAUGGCCUCAGCAAUCAUAAACCACCUUUGGUUCGGGAAGAGCCUUAAGGAGGCGAUUGCCACUCCAAUUCCAUUUGUUACUUCUGAAAAUGCAGUGCAGUUUGAGUCCAAUUUUGAUAAGGAUGUAAUCGAGGAUCUGAAAGCUCUGGGACAAAAAGAAAAACCUGCCAAGAAGUUUUUCGCUGUGAUCAAUGCUGUGGGGAAGGAGGAUGGAUGUAUCAGUGCAGUGUCUGAUUCAAGGAAACUGGGUGAACCAGCUGGUUACUGAUGCUAUGCAUCAGUCAACAUGGAUAGGGAAGCAAGAUUUGUGGCGCAAAUUGAAUGCAUCCUAUUGUUGAAUGUAACCACGUGGCAUGGAAACACAUUAAAACUAAGACAAAAUAUGUCCCAGUCGUAUAUUUAAUCACAAAGAAUAAGAAGAAAGCAAUAUGAAUAGUUCUGAUGGGAAUAGUGCCUCUCUUCUUGUCAUGGCAUUCAACAAACAUUUACUGUUCAGUUGCGUGCAAAGCUUGUACGAUUUCAUCAUGAGUGGAAGUUGUAACUCUACAUUUAUCCCUUGAUUUUUUUUUGUUUUCACGAAGAUUUUCAAAUACCCUUUUUUUUGGCUUUAUAAAUAAUAAUAAGCACAUUUCUGGUGACAUAAAGUUCCUUUCAGCAUUACAUUGUGAUACCCCGGUGAACGUGGCCAACUAUCAAACUAUGCGUUACGGUCACACGUCUCCAAUAUGUGGCGAGGUC